CUGUAAACGUAAAAAGUUAUAACCUCGUUUAUUUCUACGAGAAAAUAAACAGGUUUAUUUUUAUAUGAACGUCGGUUAAUAUAUCACUGAGAUAUACCUGGUUUUGCGACAGUGUAAUAUCGGGGCUUGUUUCGUCUUAUCCAUCGACGAUCUUGAACGAUCUUGCUAAUAAGGAAGUUAAUGACAUACUUUUGCACGUACUGUUCUUAACUUAUACUGUUGCAUUCGACGCGGAAAUUUUAAACUUUUUCCUAAUUGAAUCACGCAUGUAAAUUUGAUGGCUUUUUCACAAUCGAACUCAAGAGAAUUACAGAAUAGGAAAAUCUUAGAAGAGCUGCAAUUGAAAAAGCAGAUGCUUCUGAAGCAAGGAGUUGCACCAAGUCUGACUUCGUCGUUAGCUGUCUCAUCCACUGGUUCUGCAUCAAACACCCCCACAACACAACCCAAUGAUGGCAUAGCGAUGAGCGCAUCUCAACGAGCCGCUUUACACAAUGCACACGCUGCCUCAUUUGGUUAUUUCGUGACGCAGGAUUCCUCUUUUGGAAAUUUGAUAUUGCCAGUUCUCCCGAGAUUUGACAGUAAAUGAAUGAUUUUGACAGUGAAAUGACUCUCUUGACGGCCUUGUGUAAACCAAUUUUGAAGACUGUACAUAAGCAACGUUAAUGGAAUUCUUAUCUGACAAGAA